AUUGUCCCGGCCUUGGGAGGCGACUGAUGGUGCAGAUGAUUGCCGCUGAUACGGCUGAUGCUCUGGCCUCGCCAACAUGACCGCGGCUCCUCCUCUUUCUCCUCGCGCCUCCUCCUAACCCCCAAUCCGCCACCUCUCUUAUCUCUCGUCCCUCUCGUUCACCCUUUCCUCCCCCCCAGGGUAUCAUCUUCGUGGGCGGCUUCAGCUACGCCGACGUGCUGGACUCCGCCAAGGGCUGGGCGGCCGCCAUCCGCUUCAACAGCCGCGUGCUGCAGCAGUUCGCCGCCUUCUACGCGCGCCCCGACACCUGGUCGCUGGGUAUCUGCAACGGCUGCCAGCUCAUGGCGCUGCUGGGCUGGGUGCCGGCGCCGGGCGGGCAGCAGGUGCCGGACGCGCGGCAGCCGCGCUUCGUGCACAACGCCAGCGGGCGGUUCGAGAGCCGCUGGGUGCAGGUGCGCAUCCAGUCCAGUCCCUCAGUGCUGCUGAAGGGCAUGGAGGGCUCCGUGGUGGGCGUGUGGUGCGCGCACGGGGAGGGCAAGUGCCUCUUCCCCGACGAGGCGGUGCGGCAGGAGGUGCUGGGCAAGGGACUGGCGCCCAUCCAGUACGUGGACGCCGACUCCCAGCCCACCGAGGUCUACCCCGCCAACCCCAACGGAUCCCCCAUGGGCAUCGCCGCGCUGUGCUCCGAGGACGGGCGCCACCUGGCCAUGAUGCCGCACCCCGAGCGCUGCUUCCUGACCUGGCAGCUGCCGUACGUGCCGCCCGAGCUGGGGCUGCAGCCCAAGGGCCCGGCGCCCUGGAUCAAGCUGUUCCAGAACGCCCGCGAGUGGGCCGAGGCGCACCGGGAGGGGGACAGCAACGGCAACGGCACGCAGCAAUGAAGAAGGGGUGGGAUGUUGGGGCUGGGAGAGGGGUUUGAGUUAUGUGGCGGGCGAGGGAGGGUGUGGGCAUAGUGGGGUGUGAAGUCCGGGCGAAUUGACGGUGUCGCAUGUCAGGGAUGUUGGUGGGUCUAAGUGCAACCCGGUGGGUGAGACGUGGGGGUUUGUGGCUUGUUUUGUUGCCCUAUUGCGGGUGUGUGUCAUUGUUCUUGGGACAGAUUGGCAGGAGGUUUGGGGAAUGGAGCCGGGAACGGGUUAGGGGGGCUUAGGUUGCUUGGCGCUCGGGGUAGAACACAGCUGACAAAGUGAGGUGACACCCGGCGGCGCCUUUAUGUGCACAGGGUUGGCAAUGAAUGUUAAGACAGGGAGACGUGCAAGGAGAGGACAGCAUCUACUUUGACACGGACGCAUUUCCAGAUUUUGCGUUGGUGGAAUGCCAGGUCGCUGACUGUACCUGAAGUUCUGAGGACUAGUGCUUAGGACGUGACGUUAGUUUUGCAAGGGAAAUGCGUGUACCUUCCUAUUGGGGCUUAGCCACGCAGUAUAUGACGGUUUAUUGGGAUGACCUUGUUACGUUACAACAGGUGUAGGCUGUGUACGAAACAAUACUUAAGAACUGAGAGGGUGAACGUAUUGGUGGCUUUAGUACUUAGCCCAUGUUAGGGCCUUUUAAUCCGCUCCUGUGCGUAUGACGCCAGGAGGAAAUCGCGCAAUAUCCUGUCAAACAGCAGCGCGGACAACAACGCGUGCUUUACCGGUGCUCCGUGGGACAACAAGCCCGCGAGCAUAUCCCCGUGUGGGUAUCACACUCUGGUUCUUUGUUUCCUGCAGCAAACCACCAGGUUCUCAGCUGUCCCUCUUCUCUUC